AUUUCACUUAUCAGCGAGGAAACUUCAAAAUCUAUUCGUCCACCAACUGUAAGCUGACGGUCCACCCCCUCCCCUCCUCUGAUGCUGCGGAGCGAAACUCUUGGCUCUCGUAUCGAUCACUGCACAUGUCAUAAAACAGAAGGAAGUGAACUGGUGCUCUGAGACAGAUCUUGAAAUACACAGUCGACUCUGUUAAAACCAACAUUAACGUUAUGCCUAUCCGGGUAGUAGUACAAGGUCCUGGACCCUGGGGAUUCAGGUUGGUUGGGGGAAAGGACUUCGACCAGCCACUAACUAUUUCCCGGGUCACCCCUGGGAGUAAAGCUGCCCAGGCCAACCUGUCCAUAGGAGACAUGAUCUUGGCUAUCGACGGGGAACCGACAGAGCACAUGACUCACUUGGAAGCGCAGAACAAGAUCAAGGGAUGCAUAGAGGAAAUGGUGCUCUCCGUAGACAGGUCCGAAACUAAACUGUGGUCGCCACUUUCAUCUGAGGAAGGGAGGACACAUCCGUACAAGAUGAAUCUUGCAUCAGAGCCAAAGGAGGUUAAACACAUAGGCUCGUCCCACAACAGAAGUGCUCUGCCGUUCUCUGGUUUUGGCUCCAAAGUUGUGACCAACCAGUACAACAGCCCAUCGGGUCUCUACUCUUCAGAGAACAUCAAGGACUUCAACUCGGCUGUGGACGAAGUUAAAACCAUAGCUACAGCUAAUGAGUCCAACAACAAAGCUCCGUCAGAUCCAUCGCAGACGGGCAAGCGGCCGCCUGUCGCAGCAGAUUCAGAGGUUUACAAGAUGCUGCAGGAGAACCAAGUGUCUGAUGAGCCUCCGCGACAGUCGGCUUCAUUCAAAGUGCUUCAGGAGAUCCUUGAGACAGGUGACCCUGAUAAACCAUCAGGGUUCAGGAGUGUGAGAGCACCCGCGACAAAGAUUGGAUCAUCAGUGGGAAACACAGAGAAGUUACCUUCCUGUGACAAAUGCGGAUCCGGGAUUGUGGGGAUGGUGGUAAAGCUGAGGGACAAGUUCCGUCACCCCGAGUGCUACACCUGUACAGACUGCGACAUCAACCUAAAACAGAAGGGACAUUUCUUUGUGGAGGACCAGAUUUAUUGUGAGAAGCACGCACGCGAGCGAAUGACCCCGCCUGAGGGCUACGACGUUGUCACCGUCUUCCCCAAGUAGAGCGCUCACUAAACUCCGCCUCGGACUGCACGCCAUUUAAAUAAUCCAAGACGUUACAACACUUAGCUCAUGCUACUCCUAAUACUAUAAAAUGGUCUUCUCUCACAUUAUGCUUCAGGGCAGUCACUGGUAGGCAGGACAGUAAAGAAUUACAUCUUUGAAAAUGUUGAUUUGCACAUUGACUUUGGCAUCUACGAAAGGAAAAUCUAUGAAUACAAUGAGAUGAUGGCAUUCAUUUUUUUCUCUCCCUUUAAAAAAUGUUCAUUUGAAAGACAGCCACUGUGUUUAAGUAAUAUUUGUCUUCCUACAUGUUCAGUAUGUUCUUUUGAAUCAUGGAAACAAUGUUUUCUACAGUUUUAUUAAAUAAAUAGACUUUUAUGCAGCAAAAACACAUUUGAAUACCAUUACCAAAUAAAUAUGUUUAGCUUAAUCCAA